AUGCAGAGAGAUCUGCGAAGCGAGCGAGAUUUUCUUGGCUCCAGGCGGAAAACGAGGAAAAAGAGCGUCGCUGACGACACGGAAGGUUUAACGGAUGACAGCGGAUGCGUCGGCACCAAAAAGCGAAGGGAAAAGCGAGCGGAAGUUCUGGUUGCACAGGACGCAGAGCGAGCGGACGGGGUGACGGCAAGAAGACGAAGAAGAAGACAAGAAGCGGAUUCCAGCGACGGCUGGGAUCGAUUCUUGAUCUCGUUGCCAAGGCGCGGUGCGAUGCUGAUGAUGCAGGAAAAAGAGACUGGACUGGGGGGCCAGCAUGGGCCACCUGGAAUCGACUGGUGCAUGCUCUUCUGCUAUUCCUGGAGAAGACGAUUCGGGGCGAUUACACCCUCGCAGCUCUCGAGGCUAGACGAGCGCCACGGCCGCAAAAGAGCUGCGCUGCGCCCAGCCACCCGCGAACAGCUCUGCUCUCCUGGACAAGGGCGGCCAUUCCUCCUGGAAUUCAGUUCUACUGUGCUGGCCGGAGCUGCUAUAACUGGGCCCCGCGCCGAUGCAAAUGGACCAGCCGGCGCAGCGACUGCCCACUGGGUCGUGCCCUAUUAUAGAAGGAUGCUGCACGUAUCGACUAGGGGCCGAUCUGCGAGCUACCAGUUCCGGAGCCAUCCUGCCGCUACUCGCGCCAGUCAUGCGGGGUACAUGCGCUUGGCGCUGUCGCUCAACGCUGCCAAAGGUACCGAUGCCAUGUUUCUCAAGUUCCUCCUCCACUGCGGCAGGAUGCCCUAG